ACUCCUAUCGACGAUCUCGACUGCGUUACAACUGCAUGGCCCGCUGCGAUUAGAAAGUAUCUGCCUCUCGCCGUCGACUCUUCGGUGUCGCUGCCAAUUUUCCGACGUUUCGUCCUUUUCUCCGUUCCGUUGCCGCAACGCCACAUAGAUAUCAUACACACGUUGCGCUACAUACCUUAACCUUUUAUUCGUUUCUGUUUGUCGGCUCGUUCUUAGUCUUGCUGAUGCUGUGACAAUUUAGAUUGUUUCGUUUUUCGGUGAUUGCAUUUAUUUUUUUACACGUUGGGGUUAAUGUGGGGGAUCUUCUGUUCGCCGCACGUGAUUGAUUUCUUAUUCGAGACUCACAAGUAUCUUCAUUUCGUGUCCUAUUCGUACACUGAAUACAAUUUCCAGAAGAAGACUUUGAAAAUCGUUGAAAAGAUUUCACUUCUUUGGAACAGUAAAAAGUCGCAACAAAUAUAGAUAACUUAAUAACAAUCUUUAGUGUUUAUUCAGUGAACUGUUAUGUUUUAAAAAUAGAUAAGAAUCAUAUACGAGCAUCAUGGAAACGGAAGAACUCAUUAAACUUGUGGAUGGGAUCUACAAGAAUAUUCUGGAUAAAUUCAAUCCAGGAGCGCGUCAGAUGAUUAACGCUGGAAAGGCCUAUCUAAAAGCCUUACAUGGAGCCGCCGCUGCUUCUAGGAUGUACGUAGACGCAAUCAGUAAACUGGCUCGACAAGCUCAACAAGGGACAUGGGGAGGUUCAUCUGACAUCGGUGUGGCACUCUUCAAAAUUGUAGAAGUUUAUAAAGAAAUUCAAGACAGGCAAAUGAAUAUUUUGAAAGCUUUCUACGUGGAUCUACUGGUGCCUUUAGAAACAAAUUUAGAAAAAGAUACGAAAGUGGUGCAGUGCGAACAAAAGAGAUUUCUGCAACAACACAAACAGCGAUCCGAAACGUACAGCAAAGCUGCAGCUCUAAUGAAAAAACAAAGGAAAAAGUCCAGAGGGUCCAGUAAAACAGGACUGGCAAUGGAUAAGGAACUUAAGAAUAUGCAAAUUUUGGAAGAAGAAAAAACUAAGUUGGAUGCUUUCUGCGAACAAAGUUUGAAAAAUGCGAUGACACAAGAAAGAAGAAGAUACGGAUUCGUUCUGGAAAGGCAGUGCUCUCUAUCGAAACAUUAUCUCUCUUAUUACACACACGGCGUCGAAGCUUAUCAAGAAAACAUCGAAAAAUGGUCUGACGUCGCAAAAACUAGGGAAUAUCUACCCGAAUCUGUGGAAAAUAUAUUUACCAACAAACUCAAACAAAUAUCCAUAUGGCAAAACGAGGACCUCUACUCUAACCCGAGAAGCCCGAAUCUUGAAGAUGACAGAUUAAGUGUCAAUUCCCAACUAAGAAAAACAAGAAGUAUGGACGCAUCUUGCCUAGAUAUACGAUCAAUUGAAGAAAUCGUGUCUCCCAAUAGCACUUUGAACAGAGCUAAAUCAGAAUACAACUUGAAUUCGUCAAUUCACACCAAUACUCAAGGAAGUAAUACUCCCACCCGUCAACCAACUAGAUCCAUGGCGGUACCACCACCACCUACUUGGGACUGUCAAUUGGCCCGCGCCCUUUAUGCUUAUCUCUCCAGCGGAGAGAAUCAACUGAGUUUCCAUGAAGGAGAUUUGCUGGCUCUUAUAGGGGAAAGAAAUAAAGGUUGGCAGUUCGGGGAAAAUUUAAGAACGCAAUGUAGUGGAUGGUUUCCGCUGGCUUAUACAGAAAUUUUGGACGAUCCUCCGACUUCCCCUAGCCGCCGAAGUGUUGCAAGUGGAUCGCAUACCAACAACGUCUCUACCCCAACGAUAGGUAACAAUUACAUGUCUUCAAUCGAUACAGGAACUCCCUCUGGUAAUCCUCCCAUAGAAACACCUGGCACACGUAUGUUUGGAGAUACAUUGAAUUUGCACAGAUCAUCCAAUACCGCUAAGCAGAUUCGCCGAGCUAUAGGUUCUAAUAUUGUACCUCCGCCAAGUUUACCAGCACCAGUUCCCGUACCGUCACUGCCAGAAUCGAAAAUCGUUGCCGCCCAAUCACAAAAUGUAUCAUUAGGUAUGAAAUCAUCAUCGUCAUCUUAUAACUUCUCAACUACACCCAACGCUACUGCUUACUCCACGCAUCCAGCACCAUCCAGAUCCGACAAACCUUCAGCUGGAAUACCGCUGCCUUUUCAUUUACAGUCCAAGGGAGGAAAAAUCGGAGGUCCGAUUGGAAAUGCUUCACUUCAUAGUAGCAACGAUUCAGGUUUUUCUAAUGAUCCUCCACCUCAACCGGAAAUUGAUUAUUCCGACGAUGAUUCCAAUCAUGGGCAAACAAAAGUGUCAAGCCGAAGAAAAAUACUGAAAAACAUCGAUGAUGAAGAUAGAAAAAUUACCCGCAAGCCUCCACCACCUCCGACCAAAAAUACGGAAACUCCGCAGGUGCCUAAGAAAAGAAACCCAGUUCAACAAUCGAGAAGUUAUGGUAAUCUAACAGAUAGUCAUUUUUUAUCUGAUUCGCCUGAUAUUUCCAAAAAGAAAAACAAAUUAGUGAAAAGAACGAAAUCAUUUUGGAAAUUUGGUAAAAGCGCUUCUGACAAUGAAAUAUUAGAAGGAAUGGCGUUAUGGAAACACAAAGACUUAGUUGAUAUAGAAUCAAACGCAUCCGAACCAGAAGACGAUGGAAGGAAUAUUGGUCGAAGAAGAAAACCAAGUUUAGCAAAAUCAGAAGAUUCAGAUACCACGAUAAACAAUAAUAACAAAAUCGAAGUAAUUCCCAACAAAAAUGGUAACAGAAAUAAAGAAGAAAUUAAACGUAGUAAAAGCUUUAAGAAAAAAGAAGAAUCGAUCAAGAAAGAACCUUCUAAUAACAACGAAUCUAUGUACAAGAAACCGAACAAAUCUUACAAUUUCGAAGAUCAAUUUUAUGAUGAUGAUGGUGACGGUCUUAUGUUGAAGACUUUAAACAGAAAAAAUAUUCUCCAACAGUAUAACACUUCAUCUGGCACAGAUUCUGAAUCAGAAUCUGGUAUGACCAGCGAUGAUCCUUACGAUUCAAUCUUAGUUGAUGACCAAAAACUUCGUAAAAACGAAAACCAAUUCCCUAACGUAGUCGAAUUAGGUAAGAAGCUAGAAAAACUAUCACAAAAGAGUAAAUAUUUACCAGAAAAAGAAGAUAAAAAUAGACAAGAUAAAAAUGAAAUUAUGAAAUUGGAAAGAAGACAUGAUGAUAUUGUCCAGCUAAGAGAGAACAGUUUCAAAACGUUCGGAAUAGAAGUACAAAAUAGAGAAAACGGUGAAAAAGAAACCGUAGACGAUGAUAAAUAUUACGAAGAAGAACAUCCGAAACGUAAACAAGAAGCGACUAGGCGAAGUCGUCCGAGCUACGAAUCCAUACAAUCGGAAGUUAAAACAAGAAGUAGCAGUAAACGAAAAAGUGGGAAACAAAGAGACGCUGAUAAUAACGAAAGGCAUAAGAAUUCUUAUUACGACUCUACCAAUGAUGAAUUUUCAGACACAGUGGAACCUCGAUCGAUAUUACCUAGAUCCAAACUUACUAAAACGAACAGUAAUAAUUCUUCUCAUAGUAAGUACGAUCAGGAUAACAAUUUAAUGGAUUACGGGGAAACGUUACAGAAAAGGCUUAAGAAUCCAGAAUACAAUUCUCGAUUCGACGAAAGAUCACCUCAUAAUGGAAAUAUGUAUGGACCUUGGUACGAUUUGUGGGGACUCGAUUCUACUGGGACUGCCAGGAAAAAAUAGUAGUACAAAUAAGCAUCUUUUUUUUAUUAUUAUUUUGGCUGUAGUAGUUGUACAGUAAAAAUUGUUUUGCUCAAUUUAAUAUUUAAGUUGCCUUUUGCAAAAACGUGUUACCUGUAAUAAACUUUACAGAAAAAAAUUACUUUUACUGAAUUUUUAAAUGGAAUAUUGUUGUAAAGAAAUAAUUAAUUGUUACAAUGAGUCUAAGUAAAUUUGGCUGAACUCCCCAAAACAUGAUAUUUACAAGGCAAAUUGAAAUUUAAUUUCUGCUUUAAUAUUUUUUUUAACUACUUACCUUCAAAUAACACAACCAACGACACCUCACUGUACCUAGUCAAUAUUUUUAUUAAAAAUACAAAUAAAUAAAUUAUAAUAUGAAGAAAUUUUUUUUUGAAACAACCAAAACCGAAUUUCAAUUUUAAAGAAAAUCUCAGUAGAAUAAGAAAUCAAAAAAAAAUUAAUUUACAUGUUAAUUUCUUUUACUUACAAAGAGCAAUCGCAAUAGAUCUCCAAAUACAUAAAAUGAAGUACAAAGAGGUUUUAAAAGAAAUAUUUUUCCUUUUGUGUAUAGAGGAAUAUGAUUACCCAAUUAAUCAUAUUAUCUUUGAUAAUAUUAAUCAAUUUAUCACAUUUUGGCGAAGGAGUUCUGGGACUUCUUUACUGGCCAUUAUUUUCUUUAUUUGUGAGUCGAAAAUAAUACUAACUUCAUCAAUUCAAAACAAAAUCGCUUUUUCAAAAGAUUUAGACUUCACAAUCUUCAUUAUUCAAAUAAUAUUUUAAUCUCUGAAACUCGAUUCGUUUAGGCCAUGAGUGCAGUUUGUAGUGAAGGACGUCGGCUCUAAUUUCCAAAAAGUAAAGAUCUCGUGGUUUUUUCGAGUACCCAUCUUAAAACCAUCUUGAAACCCCCUAUCACUGCUAAAGCAUGUUUUUCAUACUUUGAAGCGCACAUAUUUUUAAUUCUUUCGUAGUUUUCUUUAGGCAUUACGGAAUGUAAAAGAUGGAAUUUAUUUCUUACAUUAUGUACUGUUUUUAAACUUUUUGUAUAGCCAUCCCUUCUAAUCCCGCCUCUUGCGUGUCAAAACCGUUGCUCCUCAAACUGUAUGCCAAAAUUUUAUAUUUGUUGUUCAUCGUAAAAUGUACAAAAACAAAUUUUCUCUUAAUAAAGCCUUUGAUUACUUUUAGUUGUAGACAAUCAGAAAAUAUUCAUCUAUUAACAAACCUAGAAUUUUACUUCACAAAUAAAAUUUUAAUUAGCUUUGAAAUAAAGUCACAAACAACAUGUUUUGUGGAGUAUGCCAACUUCGCUGCAACAGAGCUCGUGAUUCAAUUGUUUAUUAUAUCGUACUAGACGUUUGUUGGGAAUACUGGCUUUCACUGUUUACGAGUAGGUAUAAUGGCCGAUUGAUAAACGUGACUUUCCGUUUGCCGUUGCCGUUUGCUAUUACAAAAUUAAAUACAUAAGACCAUUCAUAGUUGCCGUUUUCCGAUUGUCUGCCGUUGGUGACUUUUAACAUAAACGAAACUUUUCCCGUAGUCCGUUCGUAACAAGUUUCGUAGUAAUAGAAAAGAACCAAUCACAUCCGUUUGUCACGUUUGUCCCAAUAAAAAAAAACUCUCCGCAAUUUGCCAUAAUUUCGUCCAUAAAUACCAGAUUACAAAUAUACACAGAAAAAUCGGUUAACGGCAGCAACGUCAAGUUUAUGAAUUGGGUGACGAAUUGGCUACGAACGUCAAAUGGCUACGGCAAACGUAAAGUCAAGUUUAUGAAUCGGCCUUUACCCUUGAGGGGUGUCGGUUGUUCAAACGCUACAAAACUAUUUUGUAGCGAAUGUGAUUUCGUUAGUAGACAGCAUAAUUUUUUAGAAAUUCUGUUGUUUAAACAUAUAUAACAUUGUUAAAAUAGGUACGUGUGAUUCCAAUAUUAGCGAUGACAAUUAUAUGGAAAAAUUAUUGUAAUUAACAAAUUGUCAUUGAUAUUUUACAGGUCUAACAAUUUUGCUACUAUAAAGCUACGCAAAACUAAUCCCAGUACGGAAAGGGCAGUAUCUUUAAUAUUAGAAUAGUAAAUAGUUUUAAACUUCAAUAAAAAGUACUUUACCAAACAAUUGUACUUUCUGUAUACUUAAAAUAUCACUAAAGUAUUUGCAAGUACAACCCGUCCUCACAAAAAUUGUUGUGUAUCGACUUCUUAUUACACAUGAAUUGUUUUCAAAAAUUAUACAGAAUCUUAUCAAAAUAAUAAAAAAUCAAAUAUAGAUCUUUAUUGCGAUUAAAUAUUAAACACACUCCGUGAAAAAAUUAUCGCAUCACUAAGAUUUAUGAUCAUUGCAAUACGACAGAAUGGAUUGCAAUGCCCGGGAUGUUCACGUGUUGAUCACGCGCUGAUCAUGGUUUUGGUUUACUUUGAUAAAUAGAUUUUAGUUUACUAUUUAUUGUAUUUACAUUUUCAGACAAAAAAUUAUAUAAAAUUAAUGUAUACAUGUUAGUUAUAGGAACUUAGAAAUCGAUAAUACAGUACAAAAUAAUUCUUUUAAAACUAAAUACAUUAAAUUUAGUACCAUGUGUUGCCUCCUCCAGCUCUAAUCGCCCAAAACAACUUCUAAUUAAGUGAUUUUUUCCCUGAGCCUACCACUGAAGAUCUUUUAAUUAUUUAUUUAUUAUUACAAUAGUACUUAUAGUUAUACUUUUUGAUCAAUAAUAAAACAUCUAAUUUCUUAAAAUUGACGGAAAGAUUUCAGAAUAAAAACCAGGCGCCUGUGACACGUUAGGAAGCAAGUUCCUUCUAAACCUUACAUAAUCAUUACAUGGCAAUGAAAUCUGUUACUAUAUGAGCACGUACCGAGCAAUUAAAUCGAGAUAUUGUGGGACACAUCCUUUAGUGCGCGACUUUUUACGAACAAUUAACAAAGAGGGAGGUACAUAGAAAAUCCGAGACUGCCUUACUUAAUCCGGGGCCGUUGGUAACAUUACAGCUAUGGAAGAAAAAAAAAUAAUUUGUGUGUGAGAGAAAGUGUCCGUCAAAAUUAGUAAAUAAGGGUGACCCCACAUUAACAUCACUAU